AUGUGCAAAUGCCUUCCUAAGUCAGGAGAGGUAUUUUUACCUCUUCCUUGCUCAUCCUUGGGUGCAGCAGGACUCGCUCUGAGAAGAUACACAGAGGGAGAAACCACAUCCUGAAGGGCAUAUGCAAAGGGAGAAAGACACAUCCCCAAACAGUUUAUUUUGGCUGUUGGUUUUUGUUGUCCGUUUUGGUUUGGUGGUUUGGUGGUUUGAGGUUUUUUUCUCUUGCUUUUCGUUCUUCGUCUUUGAUGGAAAUUUCAGUGACUCUUUAACCUUGCAGUUCAUAAGGCACCUUGGGAUUAGCUGGUUGCCUCGGAGCAGGGAAUCUGGGGUGAUUCACACAGGGAGCUGGCAUGGCCGCUGUGCUCUUUGGCUUUGAGGAUCUGCUCUACAGCUGGGACAGCCUGGUGUGGAGCCUGACGUCCCGGGCUCUGAGGAAUUGCCGCUUUGGAAACCUGAGGGUCCUGCAGCUCAUGCUGAAGCCAUGGUGCAUUUCCAGAGACGUUUAUCAGAUGACAGAGGGUCGCAGAUGCCAAGUGCACCUCCUUGACGACAGGAAGCUGGAGCUCCUUGUUCAGCCAAAGCUUUUGGCCAAGGAGCUGCUUGACUUGGUGGCAUCUCAUUUCAACCUGAAGGAAAAGGAGUACUUUGGAAUUGCAUUCACAGAUGAAACGGGACACUUGAACUGGCUUCAGCUGGACCGCCGGGUGCUGGAACAUGACUUCCCCAAAAAGUCAGGACCGGUUGUUUUGUACUUUUGUGUCAGGUUCUACAUUGAAAGCAUCUCCUAUCUGAAGGACAAUGCCACCAUCGAGCUGUUCUUCUUGAACGCCAAGUCCUGCAUCUACAAGGAACUCAUUGAGGUUGACAGCGAAGUGGUGUUUGAACUGGCUGCAUACAUCUUGCAGGAGGCAAAGGGAGAUUUUUCAAGCAAUGAAGUUGUAAGGAAUGAAUUAAAGAAGCUGCCAGCCCUUCCAACACCAGCGCUGAAGGAGCAUCCUUCCCUCGCCUACUGUGAGGAUCGAGUCAUUGAACAUUACAAGAAACUAAAUGGUCAGACAAGAGGUCAAGCAAUUGUAAAUUACAUGAGCAUUGUAGAGUCCCUCCCAACAUAUGGAGUGCAUUAUUACGCAGUAAAGGACAAGCAGGGAAUUCCGUGGUGGUUAGGACUUAGCUACAAGGGGAUUUUUCAAUAUGACUACCAUGACAAAGUGAAACCAAGAAAGAUCUUCCAAUGGAGGCAGCUGGAGAACCUCUAUUUCCGCGAGAAGAAGUUCUCGGUGGAGGUGCACGAUCCGCGCAGGGCAUCUGUGACCAGGAGGACUUUUGGGCAUAGUGGCAUUGCUGUGCAUACGUGGUACGCCUGUCCAGCAUUAAUAAAGUCUAUCUGGGCUAUGGCCAUUAGUCAACAUCAGUUCUACCUGGACAGGAAGCAAAGCAAGUCCAAGAUUCAUGCUGCAAGAAGCCUGAGUGAGAUUGCAAUUGACCUGACUGAAACUGGAACCCUCAAGACCUCAAAGCUGGCCAACAUGGGGAGUAAAGGCAAAAUUAUCAGUGGAAGCAGCGGGAGUCUUCUAUCAUCAGGUUCCCAAGAGUCAGACAGUUCUCAGUCUGCCAAGAAAGACAUGCUGGCUGCACUGAAGUCCAGGCAAGAAGCUUUGGAAGAGACGCUGCGCCAGCGCUUGGAGGAGCUAAAGAAGCUGUGCCUGCGGGAAGCGGAGCUCACAGGCAAGCUGCCUCGAGAAUACCCCCUGGAUCCUGGGGAGGAGCCACCUAUUGUAAGGAGAAGAAUAGGAACUGCCUUUAAACUGGAUGAGCAGAAAAUCCUGCCUAAGGGAGAGGAGGCAGAGCUGGAGCGCCUGGAGAGGGAAUUUGCCAUUCAGUCCCAGAUCACGGAGGCUGCGCGGCGCCUGGCCAGCGACCCCAACGUCAGCAAGAAGCUGAAGAAGCAGAGGAAGACAUCUUACCUGAAUGCCCUGAAGAAACUGCAGGAGAUCGAGAACGCCAUCAACGAGUAUCGCAUCAAAUCCGGGAAGAAGCCAACGCAGAGAGCCUCCCUGAUCAUAGAUGAAGGAAACAUUGCCAGUGAAGACAGCUCCCUCUCAGAUGCCCUUGUUCUUGAGGAUGAGGACUCUCAGGUCACCAGCACAAUCUCCCCUCUGCAGUCCCCACACAAAGGCCUCCCGCCGCGGCCGCCGCUGCACAACCGGCCGCCCCCGCCGCAGUCGCUGGACGGCCUCCGCCAGAUGCAUUUCCACCGCAACGACUACGACAAGUCCCCCAUCAAACCCAAGAUGUGGAGCGAGUCAUCCCUGGAUGAGCCCUAUGAGAAGGUCAAGAAGCGCUCCUCGCACAGCCAUUCCAGCAGUCACAAGCGGUUCCCCAGCACCGGGAGCUGUGCCGAGGCGGGAGGCAGCAGCUCGCUGCAGAACAGCCCCAUCCGGAGCCUUCCCCACUGGAAUUCCCAGUCCAGCAUGCCGUCGACGCCGGAUCUACGGGUACGCAGUCCGCACUACGUCCACUCCACGCGGUCAGUAGAUAUCAGCCCAACCAGACUGCACAGCUUAGCUCAGCACUUUAGACACCGGAGCUCCAGUUUGGAGUCACAAGGAAAGCUCCUUGGCUCAGAAAAUGAGACAGGGAGCCCUGAUUUCUACACCCCAAGGACUCGUAGCAGUAACGGCUCUGACCCCAUGGACGACUGCUCUUCCUGCACCAGCCAUUCCAGCUCGGAGCACUACUACCCUGCUCAGAUGAACCCCAACUACUCCACCCUGGCAGAGGAUUCCCCGUCAAAAGCCAGAGAACGGCAGAGGCAGAGGCACAAAUCAGCAGGAAACCUGGUCUCUUCCAAUUCAGGGAGCAUGCCCAACCUGGCUGCGAGGAACGGGACGGGACACCACCGUGUCUACCUGCACAGCCAGAGCCAGCCCUCCUCCCAGUACAGGAUCAAAGAAUAUCCCCUGUACAUCGAGGGCAGCUCCACACCCGUGGUGGUGCGGAGCCUGGAGAACGACCAGGAGGGACACUACAGCGUGAAAGCACAAUUCAAAACCUCCAACUCCUACACAGCGGGGGGAAUGUUUAAGGAGAACUGGCACGGGGAUGAAGUGGACUCGGUCAGGCUCACCCCGUCCCGCUCCCAGAUCAUAAGGACUCCAUCUCUGGGCAGGGAGGGCCACGAGAAGGGCUCGGGUAGGACUGCGGUGUCGGACGAGCUGCGGCUCUGGUACCAGCGCUCCACGGCCUCCCACAAGGAGCACAGCCGCCUCUCGCACACGAGCUCCACCUCCUCGGACAGCAGCUCCCAGUACAGCACAUCUUCUCAAAGCACCUUUGUGGCACACAGCCGGGUCACGAGAAUGCCUCAGAUGUGUAAAGCAACAUCAGCUGCCUUACCUCACAGCCAGAGGAGUUCCACGCCGUCGAGCGAGCUCGCAGCCACGCCGCCGGGCAGCCCCCACCACAUUCUCACGUGGCAGACUGGGAACUACAACGAUAGCUGUUUCCUGGAUUCUCCCCUCUAUCCAGAAUUAGCAGAUGUCCAGUGGUAUGGGCAGGAAAAAGCCAAGCCUGGAACUCUAGUGUGAACCCCUGACCUCAAGUUAAUCACAUCAAUGCCAUUCUGAGAUCACCUCACUGCCUCUCAUUUGCCUUACCCAGAUGCACUGUCACCCAGCACCAGCUUCAACUCUAAGCACUUUUCUCACGAUGCAAUUCAAGACAACAUUUAUGGAACACUGGCCCUGAGACACGCACCACGGCAGCGGCGCGCAGCACAUCCCGUGCCAGACGGUGCCCGUCCCUCCCACGGCCACGGGGCAGCGGGGGAGAGGAGCAGCCAUCCGAAGAGUCAGUUUCAAACCUGGGUUUCCUUUCCUUUCAAGGCUCGUAUCAAAGAUUAGUGUUCCACAGCACGUAACAGCAGCAAGAGUUCUGUGACCGCAAGCUGAAGCCAACAGUAUUAGUCUGAAGGGGGUGGGAAUAGGACAGAGGCUGAGAAAUAGAGACCAUAUUCCUGAAAGUGCAUCUGUUCUGCAACAGUAAAUCCCAUCACUUCAGAGAUGUGUCAGUCUCACAAUCAGGUCAGCACUGCCAAAGAACUCCACACCACUGUUGGCAGGAUGAGUUGCUCAGCAAGUUCUAGCUACAAGAAUAUCUCCCUUCUUUAACUCGAUGGCAGACACGACCACCCCCUGCAAAAUGGCAUUUCCUUCUUCAUUUGGAGUCCACCUACACACAAGUAAACAACCCCCUGUGCUGCAGACACACCCGAGGUCUGGGCUGGUAUCACAGCAUCGCUGUCUGCAAGCCACUCUUGAACUGGACAGACAAGGUUUACAAAGGCAUUACCUAAAGCAGAGGCAAGUACUGCACUCACAGCACCUCUGUGGCUGGCACAGAGUGCCCACCAAUACAUGGAGAGGUCGGAAUUGUAUUGGUUGUUCUGAUACAGAUAAAAAUUGCCAAAAAAACCUUUCCACGAACAGACGCGGCCAAUAAAUUGGAAUUCUAUUUCUGCACAAAGCGUUAACGUGAAAUCCAAGGGAAAGCACAUCGCGAUCGACCUGACACGGCCAAGCUGCGUUCACAUACUGGUUCCACUCCUCUUCCCUUCGUUAGCACCAGUGUAGCAAAGGGCUCGUCACCCGUGUGCUGCCGUGUGGGAGAACUGGUCUGUCAGGAAGCAGGAGGGCUCCUGGAGCGGGGUUGGACAACAAGCAGACAGGCAAAUCUUCCCUUGUGAGAGAAAAAGGGAAGCGACCGAGCGAGGGUCAGACGAGCGGGAGCUGCCUGCGGCCACCGAGCGGAGCAGCGCGAGCCCGGCCUGGAGGAGCUGCAAGUUUACACAUACUUUAGAGCAAUGCUUUAUACAUGUCAAGCCAUGGAACUUUCAAAGGCCUCAAGAACACUUUUGUAAGGAACAAGUGCACAAUCUAGGUGGAUGUUGAAGCUGGCACGUCUUAGUCUUCACUGCGGUGCUAUGCUGUUUUUAUUGCCACUCGAUGGGGGCGGGCGCCCGGCCUUCCCCCGUUGGUGCGUGCAAACGAUGAUUUCCUAUGGGAAAGGCAUUAAAAGAAACGGCUGGAGGGGGUUACUUUGUGAAAAGCAGAAACUGAAGUUAGCUUUAGUUUAAGGAAAAAGGAAAAAAAGUGUGAGAGAGUGUGUGUGUGAGUGUGAGAGUGUGUGUGUGUGUUCCAAGAAUAACAACAGCGUCUACCAGACAAAGUAGAGCGAAACGUUUCAAAUUAAACACCGCGACUUGGGGGGCUGCCACACCUUUUGGUAUUAAGAUUGCUGGAAAACUGCAUUCCAGGCUUUAAAAGAGAAUGGGUUCUGUGAAAUUAGGCUUUGAAAAACGAUGGGGUUUCUAAACAUUAAUUCAAGCAGCUCAUGCCAAUUCUUUUCUGCAACUCACACCAGAAGUGUUGGCUUUGGUUCCCUGCACUGCUGCUUUGCAUCACUGGCGAGGUGGGGAGGAGGCCUUGCAGAGAUGAGGCAGUGACAGGCAGAAAGGCUGUUACUUGUCCAGGGAAACCUGUGGCAGAGCCAGGAGUGGAUGGGGCAAGAGGCCAGGCUGGAUGGGGCUCUGAGCAACCUGGUCUAGAGGAAGGUGUCCCUGCCCCACAGCAGGGGUUGGGACCGGAUGAUGUCACUUCCAACACAAACACUUCCGUAAUUCUGUGAUAAGGAAACUCUUUUAUGUUCACACAUGAAGCAUAAACAAAUUAUCCCUCUGAAAAAAAACCCACAAAAACACUGGCCAAGGGUUUACAAAGGUGACCACACAAACCUUGUGCUUCUGGGCCUCCCUGAAGCAUCACCCGGGAGUGCAGCGCACCGUGACAGUAAUUGAAGCCUUACUUUCAAUUCUGGAAGAACAGCCAGUGGUGAGAUUGCAGCCUUUAUCUGGACAAGCAAAAUGCUGUUUUCACCAUCUCUUUAUGCUUUGGGGUCUUUAACAUAGGAAUUAUUUCAAGCUCCUAAUUGGAUUUUUAGCUGGAUAAGAGAUAGUACUGAUUAAUGACAUUUACUGAUAAGAUUUGGUAGCUGAAGUAAAAGGAUUAAAUAAGGACCAAAUUAAGCUACAGCAAAUAAUUUAGCCCAAGGAUUUUUAGGGGCUCUGAGCAACUGUCUGUUUUCUUUUUAAUUUCCCUGGUAAGUGGUUUGGGUUUGUUUUUUUUUCUCUGUGUACCUUCUUUUAAUUAAAAAGAAUUCAACAACAGCGGCACUAUGAGGCCUCUGGGCACUACAGGAAGAAACAUUAAUUCCUCCAAGACCAGCUCUGCAGUUUUGCAGCAAAGGUUAAAAGGUGGCAGCCCUGAAAUUAGGGGGGAAAUAAAAAUAGUUAGCCUGAAUUGCAAACAGGCUGAAGUGGAGAAAAAGCUUUCUAGAAACGGAUUGAGUUUUGCUUUGUGUUCUGCUUUUCUGGUUUGCAAUCAAGGCACAUGUGAGCAGCCAGUCUGGUAGUAAAGACAGAUUAAGUAAAACAGGUUUUACUGUUUAGCUCAAUUCAAUUAAACACAAAUGUACAUAAAAUGUUAAUCAUAUGAGAUUAACAUAUUUAAGUAUAACACGGAGGGGCAUAUACAUAGCUAUUAUAGACAAGCACUUGACUACCAACUUAACCCCUCCUUUACUUUUUUAUUUUUCAAGGCUCCAUCUGCCAUAAAGCCACAACCACGUUCAGUCUCUGUGUCUGACACUCCCUCUGUGUGGGCAGGAGCCGAGGGAUGGUCCCUGCAGGGGCCGUGCUGGGAGGCAGGGUUUAUUUUUAAAUGAUAUUAUAUGCAGUCGAGUGUUGAAGAUGUUGAAUCAGUCCAAUUUGUUUUCACUCUGUAUUAGUUUUAGUUUCAGGCAUAGCCGAUCCCCAUUCAGGUGCUAUCAGAUGACCAGUUACUGCUUAGUUAACUAGAUGUAAAGUUUUACAUAUAUAUUAAUGUCAAUAGUUUUAUUACAAGUUGUGUAAAAUGGACUCUCUAGUUUAAAAAAAAGGAAAAAAAAAAAGAAAAAAAUUAGGUCUCUUCUGAAAUUGACUUUAGAGCAUGGAAAAUGAUUUUACUGGAUUCUGUUCAACUGUAAUCAAGGAAAAAAAUAUGUAUGUUGUAGAAAAAGUUGCAGAAUUAAAAAAAAUCUGCUUUUAAUUUAUUCUUUUUGUAUUAAGAAUUUGUAUAGUUACCUUUACAUUUUGCAAAACGGUGUUGUCAACACUUCCUUAUUAAAGCAUUUUCAAAA